AUGCCGGCUUCUGAGCCUCGGAAGUUUCACGAGGCCAAGGUUGCAUCUGAAACAGUUUUACUAAGGCGUACCGGAAAAGUAUCUGCUGGCCCUAUUCUCAAUGCUGCCAAGCUGAAGGCCCUCCUUCUAGCAGACGGCAAUGCCGCUCGCAAGUGGAAAGUCCUAGAUCUCUCCAACAGCAGCAUUAGGAAGCUGGACAUCAGCGGAAACCAAAUAACAACUAUAAUAAGUUUAGCCAACACUCCUUUGCGUUCUACACUUCAGACCCUGAAUCUGUCCAGGAACCAAAUAAGGGAAUUUAAAGCCUUGGCGCCCCUCAGCAUUUUUGAGUCCAUUGAAGUUUUGGACUUAAGAGAAAAUCCUCUUCUUGACUAUGGGAAUGUUGCUGAAGGAUUUGCCCUUCUUUCUUGCCCCACGCUCAGCCGCUUCAACGGCCACAAAGUUUCAGCAGAAGUGCGCAACGCGGUGGACGCUUGGGCGCAAAAUGAAUCUUGCGGCCGAGCAACUGCGGCAACUGUGAAAGCAUUUCAAGAAGCACUUCUCAAUUCAGAAGGUCAUUCAUUUCUCUGCGCGCCGAAAACUCCACCGAGGAUGGGACGCCUGAGCAAUAUCGGGAGACUUAGGGUGGGAGCCAGGUCAAUAGGUAGCAAGGACACAAUCCCUUCGGAGAGCCUCGACAACGCCUUUUGUGGGAGUUCUAACGUGCAGACAGUUUCACUAUCAAGCAGACUGCCUGCUCACUCGUGUUCCAGCUUAACGAGGAGUGACAGCCAGGCGCUUCAUGGCGGCACAAAAAGAGCAGCGUCAACCCAAAAACAAGCAGCUAAAGAAACGCCACGGCUAGACCAAUCCGGCGCACGCCAACGCUCACUGUCAGACACAAACUAUUCAGCAGCAUUUCAUACAUCCUGUAGAAGACAAGAACUUCUAGAGGAGGAUCAGAUAAAAUCGCAUGGUGCGGCGCAGUCCCAUUCCAGGGAUACGGCGCCUAUGGAAGAAAACCAAGCUGGGUGCGCGCACUGCCGAUGUGGACGCGUUUUAACUACUGAAGAAGUUCCACCUGAGCCGUUGCGGCUGAGAGAGACAAAGGAUCAACUUGAGUAG